AUGUCAAGCGCAUCUGUGGACGAGGAAGAGCUUCCAGCAACGCACACAGGUCCCAAAGGGGUGAUCCAUGACUGGAGGAAAUUCAAGCUUGAGAGCGAGGACCAUGACUCCUUGCCUCCCAACAAGCGUGAGUUGCUGCGACAGAUGUCCAACCCCAGACCCCCCAGCGAGGACAACCGUGAGAGACUCAACCGCAUGAUGAGCACACAGGAGUAUGAGAUGAUCCAGGAGGAAGAUGAGCACUGCCUCCGCAGGUACCGCAAGCAGUGCAUGCAAGAGAUGCACGAGCGGCUGAGCUUCGGGCCCACCUUCGACGGCGUGCAAGAGCUGGAGAGCGGCGAGGCCUUCCUGGAGGCUGUGGAGAAGGAGCACCGGCUCACCGUGGUGGUGGUGCACGUCUAUGAGGACGACGUGCCGGGUUGCGACGCCCUCAACGGCUGCUUCACCUGCCUGUCUGCCGAGUACCCCAGCGUCAAGUUCUGCCGGAUCCGGGCGUCACGCACGGGCGCCGGCGAGCGCUUCGCCACCGGCGUGCUCCCAGCCCUGCUGGUGUACAAGGGCGGCGAGCUGCUGGGCAACUUCCUGAAUGUCACGCAGCACCUGAGUGAGGAGUUCUUCGCCGUGGACGUGGAGGCCUUCCUCAAUGAGUACGGCCUCCUGCCGGAGAAGGAGUUCGCUGCCUGCCCCGAGGACGAGGAGGAGGCCAAUGUGGAGUGA